UUAGGGUGGACCGGGACGGGUUUCUCUUGAUUGUUCUCUGAAAUGGGGAUCCUGUCCAGCCCUUCCCGGAUCACUGUAAUGACUUCUUAUUCUCCUGAGACACAGCUGCUUCCUUCCUGUUGCUCUUCCAGGAAAGUGACCAUUCAACCCUUAGACUUGGAGUAGUUUGUAUGAGUGCUGUGUAAAUACAGAUGUGGAAAGCACUGAUCUGACAAGAUUCAUUAAUCUAACCUCUUCUAUGAUCCUCAUUACUGCUUAUUGACAUUUAUAUAUGUUCAGUAGACAGCUGACUGUCUGUAGAAGUUGUUGAUACCGCCACCUAGUGGUGACUGUAUGGGUCUGCAGUGAGGAUAUGUCUUUACAUGUCUGUCUGAGAUUAUGUCCAGGCAUGUACCAGUGAUUCACUCAGGAGGGCUCAAUGAGUCACUCAGUUCCUAUAAAGAGCUGCCCAGUAUCACCAGUCAGAGAUGCUCUGUAGUUCACAGUGAGGACACUUUAACGGAGUAGAGCAGCAAUGUGCAGAAGGAUGGCCACUCACAAGCGAAGCCCGAGCGCCAAGGGUAACGGCCCAACCAGACGAAACCUGUUCGGCCCAGUCGACAGAGAGCAGCUGCAGGUGGAGUACCAGGCUGCCCUGCAGAAAGACCUGGAAGACACUUGCCAGCGAUGGGGCUUCGACUUCAUCUCGGAUACGCCUCUGGAGAGCAGCGAUUUCCAGUGGGAAAGCGUCCCAGACACCAAGAUGCCGCUGCUCUACAGGUCCUGUUUGCUUGGUCUGGGACAUGCAGGAGGUCAGAGGUUGGCAGAGGCAGAGCCCAAUGAUGGAGGAGGAGGAGGAGGAGGAAGGGUGGGGCUGAUACAGAGUGUGAAGGAGAACAUCCCGUGUUCGCCACAGAGAUGUGUACUCGACCUGGAGAAAACACCAGAGAGCAGAGAGAACACAGGGCUGAAGAGGAAACAGACAAACAUCACAGAUUUCUAUCAGGCUAAGAGAAGAGUAGUCGGGAUGCCGCGCAAAUCUGGCGAGUGAUGCAGAGGUAACAACGUCCCAAGAGAACCUCACAAACAGUACUACUCUCAGGAAAUCUGCACAGACUCUGUACAGUCACUCACCAGGAGGUGUUGGACUGAUGAAUCAUCCGACAACACAAGGGACCUCAGCUAUGCAUCAUAUAUAUAUAUAACUAUAAGGUUAAUUAGGGUACUGUAUUCACUCUGAGGGGGGUUGGUGUUAUUCCCAUUGGAAAGAACGGGACAUUUGAGCAGAGAAGAUUAACGGUAAUCUCUCAAAUCAGUGGAUUUGUACCCAUUUGGAUCAGAGGGAAGCCAAAGUGUUGACUGACAUUUCCUACUGUACAUUCCACGGGGCUGAAAAUGCUGUAAUGCCUCUGCUUCGUAGAGACCUCUAGCAAUACGGAGGUGUGAUGGAUGACCACAUUAUUGCUGCAUACACUUGAACCAGAUGUUGGUUAUAAUCAUUAAGGAGUGGCUGUGACAAAACUGCAGAAUGAGUGAAAAUGGUAGAGAAUGGAUAAAGCCCUUUGGCUCCUUUUGUUCAAAUCCACUAUUGUUUUUUACGAUGUUUAUUCUUUAUGUGAAUCAUGAGGGCUAGGAGUCGUUUUUAUAUAUCCGGACGCACAGUCUGUUUAUUUUCUACCAUCAUGUGCUCAUAGGAAAAUGCUUGAAGAGUUUUGAUAUCCUGUACAUGCAGUUUGCUUUGGAUUGUUAAUGACAGAAGUACAAUCAUGUCCUCUUCUGUUCUUUCUGUCUGCUGUAUGUCGACUUGAUUUUCAAAGCAGAUCUCCUCUCCGGACUCUGACAUGUGUACAGCACCACAUAUUAUAGGUUAGGAGCAUAGCACCAUGUCUUUAAAACACGUAUAUUUAGUUAUAUAUCAGAGAUUUAUCUAUAGAGUUUAAUGCAGCACUGGUAAGUAGCACACUCAGUAUUGCACAUCUGAUAGGUGGUGCACCCAGUAUCAAGUGCCUUUAUGGUGUUUGAAGCUCCAUAAUGGACAAUCAGAACAAAAAAGUGUUCUGUAUUAUUGACUAAGCUAAAGUGCUUUUUCUAUUUUGAAGUUAGAGUGCAAUUAUAACAUACAAUGUGUUAUUAUCUGCCUCAAAACAAAUGUUCGUUCUUGACCCUUAUGUAUGUCUAUGUUGGCAGAUCCUGCUGCUAUGGUUAAUCUGAAUCGGUGUCAAACAAGGUCGCUGUAAUGCUAAUCCGUACCAACUGACAGCUUAGACAUGUACCAAGCUAAGCGAACAACAGCAUUACCCCAAACAAUGAAUGCAUUUCUGUUUUGUAGACGCUUGUGCACACGUCCCCUACAUAUUGUUUUAUGUUAAAAGCCACAAAUGAAAAGAUCUAUCCUUAUUUAUUGUGAGAUAUUGUUCCUCAUGUUAAUUUAGUUCUUGUUUAAUUAUUGUGAGAAUUCCAAUAAAAAUGUUCAAAUGAAACUUA